ACUCUCUCUCUUCCUGGAAAGUUGUCGGUGAGGAAGCCGGCGGUGAGGGAUAAGGAGGGGCAGGCGGUCAGGUGUCGUCGACACGGGGGUUCCCUCGGCUCCACCCUGCCCACCCCACCGCUCCAUCGCACUCGAGGGGUAGCUGUAAAAAAGCCGAUCUUUUAAAAGGAAGGAGAAAAGGCGGGUGCUGCUUGAUAGACAGGCAAGGAUCCAGGGCCGCGGCAGGAGUAGGCCUGCUGUAGUUAAUAACCUGAGCUACGUUCAUAGUCCAUUAAUAAAAGAACCAUGGUGCUAUGGAGAGGAAUUUAUUUUGUACUUGCAUUAUUUUUGGGAAGUUUUUUUGGAAGCAUCUUCAUGCUUGGUCCCCUACUGCCACUGAUGUCUAUUUCCCCAGCUUGGUAUCGCUGGCUUACUGAUCGUGUUGUGGCCACUUGGUUUACACUUCCAGUGGCCCUGCUGGAGAUAGUGUUUGGGUCAAAAGUAGUCAUAACAGGUGAUGGAUUCAUCCCCGGAGAAAGAAGUGUCAUAAUCAUGAAUCAUCGAACACGAAUGGAUUGGAUGUUUUUAUGGAGUUGCUUGCUGAGAUAUAGCUACCUCCGACUUGAAAAAAUCUGCCUCAAAUCUAGUCUCAAAGGCAUUCCGGGAUUUGGCUGGGCCAUGCAGGUUGCUGCCUUCAUUUUCAUUCAGAGGAAAUGGGAAGAAGACAAACAUCAUUUUGGAAAUAUGCUGGAUUAUUUUUGUGAUAUUCAUGAGCCACUACAACUUCUUAUCUUUCCUGAAGGAACUGAUCUCACAGAUGAAACUAAAGCCCGCAGUGAUACAUUUGCUGAAAAAAAUGGACUUCAGAAGUAUGAAUAUGUCUUGCACCCAAGAACUACAGGCUUCACUUUUAUAGUGGAUCGUUUAAGAGAUGGUAAUAACCUUGAUGCUGUUCAUGACAUAACAGUGGCAUAUCCUCAAAACGCUCCACAAACUGAGAAACACCUUCUGUGUGGAAAUUUUCCCAAGGAAAUUCAUUUUCACGUCUGCAGACACCCUGUAGAAUCCCUGCCGACCUCUGUGGAAGACUUGCAACUCUGGUGUCAGAAGCGCUGGGAAGAAAAAGAAGAACGGCUGCGCCAUUUCUACGAAGGCAAAAAAUACUUCGAUGUGUCAGGGAGAAGCAAAAUCCCACCCUGUAAAUCUGAGCUCAGAGUCAUGGUUGUUAAGUGCAUUUCCCUCUUGUACUGGACAUUUUUCACACUCUCUGCAAUUGCACUGUUAUACAUGUACAACUUUGUACGAUGGUAUCUUGUGAUUGUAGUUGUCAUUUUCACUGUGCAAGAAAAGCUGUUUGGUGGACUUGAAUUGAUAGAACUUGCAUGUCAUCAAUUUUUUAAUAGACGCAGGUUAUACAACGUAAACAGAUGUUAAAUUUAUCUGGCGUAUGUACUGAUUGGAUAAGUGAUGUUUGUGGGCACUUUUCAGGUGUGCCAUAAACUUUUCAUAGUGGAAGGAGAUUUUGCAUGGGAAUUAAUAUUUCUUAAUGCUGUUUUGGUUAAUGCACUGUACUCAUUGUAAAGGACAAAAGUUCAUAUUGAAUUUUUAAUUUUUGAAUGUAUCAAUGUUUCUCUUGCAGCUAGCCUCUGCAGCAUCGCUGGAAAAGCAUUUACUGACCAAUCAAAGUUUCUAUCCAUUGAAUUGUUUAAAUAUAUAUAGCUCUAAAUUGCUGGGCAAAUUAGGGAGCUAAAAGUCAUGGACUGUGAUUUUUACAGUGCCUUGCUAUAAAUAAUGUGUGAGAUUUGAAAGUCCCAGUUUAUUACACAAUGAAUAGCUGACUAUCUUCAUUUCUCUACCUUUAUACCUUACACAGAGUUAAAUGGCUGAUGCAAUUAUUGUCAUCACAAUCAACAAA